AUGUCUGGGUUUUGCUGGCACCAGAUUCCACCGUUCACAAGGGCCAUGCUAAAUUGGUACCCUAAUGACGGGUGGACCUCCUCACAGAUUGACUUUAUCGUUGUGUUACCUGCUACCCUCUGCUACAGUUCAGGCACAUUCUUCCCUUGGAAAGCAACCGCUCUUGGAAAGAACUCCAUGAAUGGAAAGGCCUUCCUCGAAAAACGACACAGUGACAAACUAGAACUUGAGGACGCUGUGCAUGCUGCUAUCCUGACUCUGAAGGAGAGUUUUGAAGGCCAGAUGACAGAGCACAACAUUGAGAUCGCCGUCUGCAACGAAAAGGGAUUUCGCAUUCUGGAGCCAUCUGAGAUUAAGGACUACCUAGCCACUAUCCCAUAG